AUGGCUCCCGAAGCCGCAGCACCUUCACCUCCGUCGCCAGGCGUCAUGCUGGACCACCUGUCAUACCCGCACAUCUUCGACGUGAUCCUCGCCCACGCCCCGCUCGACUUCUUCCGCAACCUCCGGGUCACCAGCCGAGCGAUGUACGCGCGCGCCAGCCCGGUGCUAUACUCGCACAUCUGCAUCGAGGUCACACAAGACCUGCGCGUGACCUUUCGCUCGCCGUACUCGGGCGACGCGAUCCCCGGCCUGAGCUGGGCUGCGGAGCGGCGCGAGCGCACCCUCUCCCGCAUAGCGCGGCACACACGCAUCGUCGACGACUGGGGCAGCGCGAACAACAUGUGGGACCGGCCGAAACCCGUCGUCUUGGAGGAGAUUGGUGCCCUCGCCCUCCUCGCUGCGCUGAAGAAUGCCAGAAUCGUCCGCGCCCCGGCAGUCGACGUCAAUGGGCGCACGUACACCGGCUGGGCGGAGGCCGUGCGCGCCAUAACCCGGAACCGACUCGGCACGCCGGCCCCCACAGACGGCACGUUCCCGCACGAUCUGGACGAGCGCAACCCCCUGCACCGGGUGAUCGCCAACACGCGCGCAGACGAAAACCUGCCCGGCGUGAGGGUGCUCCUCCCUGCGACAACGACUAUCGUGUUCACCACCAUCUCGGAGGACAACAACCCCCUGUUUCCCGUGUACGCUUUCCCUCCGAAUACCGAGCGCGCCAUCGUCAACGUGGCAUUCACGGACACGGCAGCGGCACCGGUGCACACCUCGGAGCCGCCCGCCGUGCUCCCGCGCCGUCUAGCCCACCUCGUUGGCCUCAUCGCUACCCCGCCGGCAGACCAUACCUGGACAUGGGCAGGGCGGAGGUCGUACGAAGUGGGCGUGCUGCAGUCGAUCAAGGAUACGCUGCGCGCGCACGUACACGGCUCGCGCGUCCACAGCAUCACGCUCGUCGGCGUCGAGCGCAUCGACCCGGUGUACUACAACGCCACGGGCGUCGACGCCGCCUCGCGCUGGGAGGACCGAAAGCAGGCCCUCGGCCGACUCCUUAGGUUUCAGACAUACGCCAUGACACCGUCGGCGGCACGACCGCACCUGACCUGGCGCCUGCUCACGUUCGCCGAGUGGCGUGCCGAGGUCGGCGACGAGAUGUACGCGCUGUCGACGGUUGCGCCGUGGGACCCGUGGCCCGAGGUGCUCCCACACACUGGUGGAGCAUGA